AUUUAUUUUUAGGAUUCUUCAAAUUAAACGUUUGGAGAAGAUGAAUAUUGGACGAAGCAAGAAAAACUGAAGACCAUCUAAAGUCUAUCAGCAGGGCGCUGCAAAAAUCAUGUACUUUCAGAUAAUAUGUCGGAUUGCUAAAAGAAGAUGUCCGCUCAGUUUAAACUUCAGCCCUAUCAAGCUGUGUUCCCGCACUCUGUACGGAGAUAAAGUGAACACAGAUUGGAGAAACCUGAUUUACUAUCUAGAUACUGACAAUGAGAUAGAACUGAAGGUUGUGACUGAAACUAUCUCUAAGAAAGUGCUGGGAAACCCUCUGGAGAAGUACUAUGUCGUGGAUAACCAGGCGAUGCUGGGUAAAAUAAACAACCUGACAACACACCGAGACCCGCACGUCAGGUUCAACGCCCGACAAAUCCUACACUGUGUAGGAGUAGUUCCUAAACAGAGACGUGGCAUCAGGAUACUCAGUAUUGAUGGUGGGGGUACUCGAGGCAUUAUAUCUAUCAGCGUACUGAAGAAGCUCGAAGCACUGACCAGCAAGCGAGUACACCAGCUGUUUGACCUGUGUAUCGGAACAAGUACCGGCGCCCUACUUAUAGCGCUUCUCAUCGCUCAGAGGAAACCUUUAGACGAAGUGCUCGAGAUCUAUCUCGAGCUUAGCAAGGAGGUGUUUGGCGGAAGAUCAGUGUUAGCAAUGGGACGGUUUGUUUGGACUCAACACCGUUACAGUACUGAUAUAUGGGAGGAAGUUUUGCGGAGCACGUGCAAGGAGUGGAGGAUGGCAGAUCUCAGCUGUUGGGAUGAGACUCCUCUUAUCGCAUUUGUUAGCUCUGUUGUUAAUCACGAGGUCGUUCAUCCGUACGUGUUCAGGUCCUACGAUCUGCCGUACCUUUCGAACAGGAAGGAAGUUUACCGAGGAGGGUACGCGCAUUACAUGUGGGAAGGACUCCGCGCGAGCACUGCUGCGCCCAGCUACUUCCGAGAAGUAGCGAUAGGUGGGGACGUACAUAUUGACGGGGCGCUUCUCUACAACAAUCCUACAGCGCUGGGAGUUCGUGAAGCAAAGCGUGUCUGGCCAGACGAACUGCCUCAGUGUGUUGUCUCUAUAGGAUCGGGGAAGCUGCCGUGGCAGUACAGAGCUAUAGAGGCUAAACCUACCUCCCUGUUAGAUACCAUGAACCACGUUAUAGCCGGAGCAACAGAAACUGAGACUACUCACCUUACCUUAGCUGACUUGCUAGACAAACAAGUUUACUACAGGUUCAAUCCCCACAUCAUGGAGAUAACCCCUCUUGAUGAAAUAAACAACAAAGUUCUAGAAAACCUAAUACUCCAGACUGACUCCUUUGUCAGGAAGAACUCGAGUAAAUUCCAGCAAUGCAGCAAAGCUCUACUAAAAGAAUGUAAGAAUAACCCUGGCAGCAAACCGUCGUGGGGUGACAUUAACAAGCUAUUAUGAUCAAUGAUGUGAAGGAAGUACAAUAAAGUUAAAACGGGAUCUAACCAUAUUUAAGUUUUUGGUUAUUUCCAUUAUUUUGUAGACUAGUUUUAUACUUUGUAAUGUUAUUUGACUUAACUUAUCGUAUUAUUUUAAAGUUAUUAAGUAUUGAAGUGUAGUAAAUUUUGUAUCUGUGAUUUCAGGUUCGCGACUUUAUAUUGUAAAUUAAUGUUUGUAAGGGGUUACUUCCUAGUACAAAUUAUCCUGUAUAUAGUUCCAGUCUGAAGUGAUACACAUUUCACGUGUGUUGAAAUUCACAAGUUUGGUAUUUGUUUUUAGUUCCGGGAUUAAAAUCUAAUUUAAGAGUUGAAUUAGGACAUUCAAGUUACAUGCUUAUCAAUAUUUUCUAAUUUCCGUUGAGU